AUGCCUAAUGACACCCCCAGAAAUUCUGAUACAAUUGAUCAGAUCUGUGGCCUAGGCAUACCUGAGGCAGAUUUCUCUUGGACGUCCAUCAUCAAGACUGAAACAAAGCAGUUUUUCAGCUACCCAUAUCCCUCUUUCUGUAAAAUUCUCAAAAAAAAUCCAUUGGAAUUUGCUAAGAACAUGUAUGAAUUACACAAGAAAUUCUCUCCAAAUGAGCUCAUCCUGGGCUGGUAUGCUACAGGCCAUGACAUUACAGAGCACUCUGUGCUGAUCCACGAGUACUACAGCCGGGAAGCCCCCAACCCCAUUCACCUCACUGUGGACACGAGCCUCCAGAACGGCCGCAUGAGCAUCAAGGCCUAUGUCAGCACUUUAAUGGGUGUCCCUGGGAGGACCAUGGGGGUGAUGUUCACACCUCUGACAGUGAAAUAUGCAUAUUAUGACACCGAACGCAUUGGAGUUGACCUGAUCAUGAAAACCUGUUUUAGCCCCAACCGGGUGAUUGGGCUCUCAAGCGACUUGCAGCAAGUAGGAGGGGCAUCAGCUCGCACCCAGGAUGCCCUAAGCACAGUGUUGCAGUAUGCAGAGGAUGUGCUGUCUGGAAAGGUGUCAGCUGACAAUACCGUGGGCUGCUUCUUGAUGAGUCUGGUUAACCAAGUACCCAAGAUAGUUCCCGAUGACUUUGAGACUAUGCUCAACAGCAACAUCAAUGACCUGCUGAUGGUGACCUACCUGGCCAAUCUCACGCAGUCACAGAUUGCCCUCAAUGAGAAACUUGUAAACCUGUGAAUGCGCCCCACGCAGCACUCCUGCCAGUCUGGGCCACCCUAGGACUCAGAAUGGAGUGAAGUAGAAUGGUUUUCUUCUGGUUUGAGUCACACUGAGUCAGUCAACUGCAUGUGACUCUAAAUAAAUAUAGCCUACCUUUUGUAAAUGAAAAA